UCGAGUCUGAAUCUCUUGCGAAUACACGUGCGAUAUGGAUUUGAGUGAUUUCUAUAAACGACCUCGCUAUUGCGAGGAAAUGUGCAAAAAAGACGUGACUGUAAAAUCUAGUAAUUUUAGCAUCGAUCACAUUUUAAACAAAGCCGGUGAAAAUAUUUCCAAUUGUUGUACAAUAAGUGAAGCUAGUGUGUUAGAAGAAAAUUUUGCAAAUAAGUAUUCGAGUGAGCUAAUGCCGAUGUUUAGUUGGUUACAAUAUACGAGAUACCGUCCUCCAAAGUUGACCAGAACUCACAAAAUUGGUCCAAUAAAACGAACGCCUGGUCGUCUGCCAAGGGUUCCAUUCACUGCCGAACAACUGAGCUCCUUAGAGAAUGCCUAUAUACAAUCAUCAUACCUAAGUUCUGAAGAAGCCAACCGUCUGGCUGCAAGUUUGGACUUAACGAGUACACGGGUAAAAAUUUGGUUUCAAAAUCGAAGGGCGCGGGAACGUCGCGAACGAAAGGAAGCUGAUUUGACAACAGCGACACAAGUGAUAAAUAUUACGACAAAUCGAAACCAAAAAGAGUUUCAAUUAUGCAACAUAGACAAGUAG